CUCUCGGAGCCCGACCGGAGUGGGAACUGACGCGCCCCAGCCUUUGUCAAGCGGGAUAGGCGGGAGGAGGGGAGGGGGUGCGAGGAGGCUCUUGCGGGAACAAUCCCGGGUGAGUGAGACAGAUGCCAGGAGGAAGCGCGAUCCGGGAUGAAAGUUGCGGGUGGCGCUGGGGAUGCGCGCACGCUUGCGCUUGCAAAGGAGGGAAUUGGCACGCGUUGCGCGCGGCGGAGAGGGGCGCAGAAGAGCAAGGGAGAUGGUUUUCUUUUGUGAUUAUUUCCACGCUAGAGGGGUGGGGUGUGAACUCUCUACUAAUGAGAAAUAAUAGCUCCGUCUGCAAGGGGGAGAAGGGGAGGUUGCACGACACGAUUUGACGCCGAUCCAGGUCACAUUUCAACCUUUGGCAUUGCAGCAAGGGAUGCGACCCAGGAGGAGAAAGGUUCUCCAUGGCUACUACUAGCCAAGAGGGCUAAGUUGCACAUCCAGUGUUGGAGGCAGGAUGCUCUGCCAUCGAACAUCAGUUUUGGGGAAUCACACGUGGGGAGAGCAAGGGUGCAGUCUGGUCCUACUUAAGGGUUUUGCACAGGCAUCUGGUUAGUACAGUGGUAAUAAUAAUAAUAAUAAUAAUAAUAAUAAUAAUAAUUUAUUUAUACCCUGCCCAUCUGGCUGGGUCCCCCCAGCCACUCUGGGAGGCUUCCAACAAAACACUAAAAUACAAUAACCUAUUAAACAUUAAAAGCUUCCCUAAACAGGGCUGCCUUUAGAAGUCUUCUAAAAGUUUGGUAGUUAUUUUUCUCCUUGACAUCUGGUGGGAGGGCGUUCCACAGGGCAGGCGCCACUACCGAGAAGGCCCACUGCCUGGUUCCCUGUAACUUGGCUUUUCGCAGCGAGGGAGCCGCCAGAAGGCCCUCGGCGCUGGACCUCAGUGUCUGGGCAGAACGACGGAGGUGGUGCCUCAGGUUAAGUACUUAAUUCGUUCUGGAGGUCUGUUCUUAACCUGAAACGGUUCUUAACCCGAAGCACAACUUUAGCUAAUGGGGCCUCCUACUGCUGCUGCACCGCCACUGCACGAUUUCUGUUCUCAUCCUGAAGCAAAGUUCUUAACCCGAGGUAAUAUUUCUGGGUUAGCGGAGUCUGGAACCUGUACCACUGUAGAUAGAUGGCUGGGUAGUUUGCAAUAGACCAGGGUGGGUUUCUGACACCCCACUGUUCAGCAACAGUAGCAACAAAAUAACUCUCCCCACCCAAAUUAGGCUGCUGAAAUGAAGAAAGCCAAACAGGAGAGAACUUUUGUAUGAAGAGUCUGUGGGCAAAAUUCAGCUUUGGUACUGAGAAUUCAUUCCUAGGCUCAGAAUGUGCUCAGAGAUAGCCCUGUUCUUUAAUUCUAAGGAUGUGUUAGAAUUAUAUAUUCUAGUAGCUCUGGUUGAUGGAUGCAGUUCUAGUUUAAAAAAAGUCUGGAUUCUCUUUUCUUUCAGCCACUGAAUAGAAAAUGGAGGAGACUUUUCAGAAGGAAAGUCCUGAACAGGUGAAACUCCAUAAGGCAGCAGCAGAAAUAGCCCCGUGGAGUUGUUCCCAAGUAGAUGAUGAUUCUGAAAAUCAACAGGGGCCAGAAACACAAACGAACAAGUGCUCUGAAUCAGAAAGGCCGAAGUGUGUCUCUUCCCAAGGAGACUCCAAGGAAGCAAGGAAGCUGCCUGUUCAACAAAGAAAUCGGAUGUCAAAGAAACAGCACCCUUGCCCUGAUUGCGGGAAAGUCUUCAACAGGACCUCGGCCCUCAAUGCGCAUCAGAGAGUCCACACGGGGGAGAAGCCCUACAAGUGUGCAGAGUGUGGGAAGAGCUUCAGUAAGAGUUCGCACCUCAUUGCUCAUCAGAGAAUCCACACAGGCGAAAGGCCGUACACCUGUAUGACUUGUGGGAAAAGCUUCAACCACUCCUCACAUGUCAUUACCCACCAGAGAACCCACACAGGGGAGAAACUCUAUAAAUGCCUCGAGUGUGGGAAAAACUUCCGGUACAGCUCCGAUCUCAUCAGGCACCAGAUUGAGCAUGCGGGAGAAAAACCUUACCAGUGCUCCGACUGUGGGAAGUGCUUCAACCGGAGCUCAAACCUCCUCAUUCACCAGAGAAUACACACGGGCGAGAAACCCUACCAGUGCCUCGAGUGCGGGAGGAGCUUCAGCUACAGCUCCGUCCUCAUCAAGCACCAAAAAGUACACACCUCCGAGAAGCCUUAUAAAUGUCCUGACUGUGGGGAAGGUUUUCACGUGAACGCAAGUCUUCUCACACACCAGAGAGUUCACACAGGAGAGAAACACUACUCGUGCUCGCAGUGUGGGAAAAGUUUCCGAUGGAUCUCGCACCUUGCCAGGCAUCAGAAGAUCCACACGGCAGCGAAAGCUGUUUAACGCUCGAAAUACUGGGAAAUCAUCCGUGUGUGCUCAGAUCUUAAGUUGGAGUAUACUUUUGUUUAGUGUAUUCUUACAUUAUCAUUCCUUUGAUCUCUUGUCUAAUUUUACAGUGUAAGACACUUUGGGGAAGGAAUUUUUCCAUAUUAUUCUUUUGUAUUUGUUUGUUUGUGUGUGUGCACACACACACACAUAUGAAAAUAUCACUGUAUCAGUAAUAAAACACUUAAAUCCAACAGCUGACUUUUGAUGGCUCAAGAUAAGCCGGG